CAGCCUCUGGGCACGCAUUGAGCGGCGCUUGCCGGCUUGAAAGACGCGGUUGGUGUGCAGCGCGAGGUGAUCGUUGGCAUCCGAGCCAGCUGCUCGAAGUCUCUGCGAUCCGUGGAACUAAUGUCAGCUCCUGUGACCGGUGAGGUGUGUCGGAACGCUUGCGGAUUCCGUGUGAUGGUGCGCGAGAGCUCCAACUGAGCAUGCAGCUUUGGACGGAGCUCGGUAGCUGAGACAGUGUGUGCCUGUUUCUGUGAUCGCUGUGCGCGUCUUCUUGUGGGCCUUCGUAUCGCGACGCCUCGAAGAACUGGUUUCCAGAGAGACGUGUGGAUUAGGAUAGCCUAGCUGCCGAUUGCUCAAGUGAGGAUAACCUGCGCACGAAGGAUGCCUGGGAGUGGCCGCCGCUGUUCCUCCUGACAACACUAGCGUCCCACAGCAGCAGCCAUGCGCCGCAACACGCGGCGUAUGCUGAAGCUGGCGCUGACGGCGCUGGCGUUGGUGCUGUGUACCACGCUGCUGUUCCGCAGUCUAGCGGGCAGCGGGAACCAGGUGCUGGACUAUGUGCCUCGUGGUGCUUCCUUCCUGCCCAGGGCUCCGCGGGAACCCAACGCUGCCGCAGAGGCGCAGCAUCUACGCGCCCCGCCUGGUGUAGCCAAUGAAAUACCGGCCGGUGGUGAAUUGGACGCUGACGGCAAGAAGGACUGGCACGACCUCGCCAUGAUCAAGCGUGACGCUGAGGCCAAGGGACCCGGCGAACAGGGCGCCGCCUUUUUCCUGCCUGCUGGUAUGGAUAAGAAGAAGGAUGAACUCUACAAGGUCAAUGGCUUCAACGCACUGGCCAGCGACUUUAUUGCCCUCAACAGGUCGCUACCUGACAUCCGGAAUCCUGGGUGCCAGAAGAAGCACUACGUGUCCAAGCUGCUGACGGUGAGCGUAAUAGUUCCAUUCCACAAUGAGCACUGGACUACCCUUUUGCGUACUGCCACUAGUGUGCUCAACCGGUCACCGCCGGAGCUCAUUAAGGAGAUCAUCCUGGCCGAUGACUACAGCAACAAAGAGCAGCUGAAGAAACCGCUGGAGGACUACAUCGCCAAGCACUGGAACAAGGUGCGCGUGGUGCGAGCGACGCGGCGGGAGGGCCUCAUCCGUGCUCGGCUGCUGGGCGCCCGGCAGGCGACGGGCGACGUGCUCAUCUUCCUCGACUCGCACACCGAGGCCAACGUCAACUGGCUGCCUCCGUUGCUGGAGCCCAUCGCCAAGGACUACCGCACCGUGGUGUGCCCCUUCAUCGACGUCAUCGACUACGAGACGUUCGCCUACCGCGCCCAGGACGAAGGCGCCCGGGGUUCCUUCGACUGGGAGCUCUACUACAAGAGGCUCCCGCUGCUCCCGGAGGACCUGGCCAACCCCACCGAGCCCUUCAAGAGCCCCGUGAUGGCCGGCGGUCUGUUCGCCAUCAGCCGUCGCUACUUCUGGGAGCUGGGCGGCUACGACGAAGGGCUGGACGUGUGGGGAGGCGAGCAGUACGAGCUGUCCUUCAAGAUCUGGCAGUGCGGCGGAACCAUGGUGGACGCGCCCUGCUCCCGGGUGGGGCACAUCUACCGCAAGUUCGCCCCGUUUCCCAACCCGGGCAUCGGGGACUUCGUCGGCCGAAACUACCGGCGCGUAGCCGAGGUGUGGAUGGACGAGUACAAGGAGUACCUGUACAUGCGGCGGCCUCACUACCGCAACCUGGAACCCGGUGACCUGACCGCUCAGAAGGAGCUCCGCAAGCGGCUCAACUGCAAGUCCUUCAAGUGGUUCAUGGAGAACGUGGCCUUCGAUCAGCCCUCCAAGUACCCGGCCAUCGAGCCGCCCGACUACGCGUGGGGAGAGAUCCGGCACGAGAAGAGCUCGCUGUGCAUCGACACUCAGUUCAAGGGUCAGAACGAGCGGUUCUCGCUGGAGAAGUGCAUCCGAGACCACCGGGACCAGUCGGGAGAGCAGCAGUUCGUGCUUACCUGGCACAAGGACAUCCGGCCACAGAAGCGCACUGUCUGCUUUGACGUUUCUAGCUCGGAGUCCAGGGCACCCGUGGUGCUGUGGAGCUGCCACGGAAUGCACGGGAACCAGCUCUUCAAGUAUGACACGACGACGAAGCAGAUCAGCCACCCCAUUACAGCUUCCUGCCUCGACUGCGACGCGGAACGGCGCGAGAUUUUCAUGAACUCGUGUGACCCGAACUCAGCAUCCCAACGCUGGCUCUUCGAGCACGUGAAUGAGACAGCGCUUACCAAUUGGUGAUCGCCGGAACAAUGCCGCUGUAUCUUUCCAUGCUUUCGGGAGCCAUACCCGUGACCUUGCACUUCACUCAUGACUCUGUUGGCCUAACCAUGGCAACGACUCUGGAUUGUCCAUCGUCUUGUGUGCGUGUCCCCGGGCCGUUUCACUGAGUGGCUUGAUCGGCUGUUUCGUGUUUAGACAGUCGGGCAUUGCGCUGAGACUUGAAACUGGGUGUUGUGAAUGUGAGAUAUUUUGCUCAGAGACAUUUUCAACAUGUGUGAUGCCGCGAAGAACUUUGUGCUGUCUUAAAUGGAGUGUCUCUAAAUGUAUUUGUUGUUUAUUUUUGUUUCCUUAAUGACUUGUUGGCAAAUUGAAGUGCAGAGUUUCGACAUAUUUUCCGUGUUUUACAAGGCAUGCACUUUUGGCAUGAGGAAGCCAAUGUUGUGUGGAACUGAACGCCUUAGAAUCCCAGUCAGGCCGCAUCGUUGUGUGAAGUAGAUGAAAGCAGCUGGAAAGAGAGCGAAGACUGGGUAGAAGACUUACUGUGUGUUAACCAGGCUCAAUGUGUGUUUUGUGUGCUUUUUUCUUCAAGACAAAAGACUGCUGUUUCCGGCAAAGCGAGGUAACUAGCACCCUGAAUGAAGACGUAAGCAUUUGUGCUUUGAGCCUGGUAUCUGAAGCUUGAUUGGGCGUAGUGGGAAGUGCAUCGAUGGACGCUUCUGGCCGGAAACCAGCAUUCCAGCUUCAUUCGACCUUCAUGCAUUUGGUUCUUCCUUGAGUCUUGCUGCAAAAGUGGUUGGUGCUUCUGCGACGUACUGUUCAGGUGCGGCAUUCAAGUACGCUGGUUUUUCGAACAGUGUUCAUUUCUGUGCCCGCUAGGACCGUCUGAACGUUUUCCCGUCGACAGCUUUGCCAUGGCAUCUAUCUGUACGUGUGAGACUGUGUUAGAUUGGAAAACUGCGCAUCUGCCGAGAGACUUGUUGAACUUCUUUAAUGACUUAGUGUGGACCUUCUGACCAUAUUUUUCUUACAAGCAAUACUUGUGUUCUUGUUCUGAAGUGUGUGUUUGUCUUAAGUGUUAAUUGCGUGUUUAGGAUGGUGUAUAAUAAGGCUACCGAGUCUUGUGCACCUUGUUUGUAAUAACCACUUUUUUUUUAAUUUUAGGUUAAUUUUUGCUAGAGCUGUGAACACAGGUCAGUGGUCUGACAAAACACCAUUAAAAUUCGGCCAUAAAUUUGUGUUUUGAAACAUUAAGAGGUUUCGUGAGGAGAAGUUAUUUUUGCUUUCGUUUAAUGCUACUUUCUUUUGGGCUAUUGGCUGUCGUUAUUGACACACCUUUAUCCGGCGCACUGGCUUUGUAAAAUGUUACAUUGACUACCAUCACUGCAUCAUCAGAGUCAACAUUUGUCGUGGAUACGCCGGCAGCAGCUGUGUCAUUUCGUUUUACUCCAGUAUUUAUUUUGGCCUUUUCAUAUCCUUUAAGGAUAAGUUUUUUUUUCAGCUUUAUGCAUACUUGUCUAAAACUUGCGUGUUCGUUGAGGAGCAAGAGAGCUCGUAAGAAACUUCAAAAAAGGGCACACCGAUGUGAUGGUAGUGAUGGGAUGAACCGCGCAUACGGCUGGUUUAUAGGUUCAGUCAAUGUCAAAAGGUUACAGACCACUAGGUCUACGAAAUGGUAGAAUUUCCCAGCAGCCUGCGAGUCCAUAUUCAGUAGAGCUGCGUAGUGCAUGUUGUUCGCGCGUUCUUAGUAAGCGCCCACAAUAUAAAUUGCUUUCUUACGUCCAGUUUCAGGGAUACCAUGAAAUAAAUCAUAAGCUUAAGGCUCUGGCCAUUUGCAUACCUUGGAAUGGCGUCGGUAGAAAUACAGAACUUUGGCUCGGAAACACAGCGAGCGAGUUCUCAAUGUCCUUUUCAGCCUGCGCACCUAUUCGUCACUCUGGUGUUGUGAAGGAUAGGAAACCGGUGAUGAGACCGUUGUGCCAAGUAUGUUGAAGCAGGCGGGCUCUUCAUAAACGCUCUCUUAAAUCUAAGAAAUAUAUGGCGGUAUUCUUUAUAAGUGCAAAACAUUAAAGUGGUUUCACCUGCUUGAUUGCUGCUAACGUGUUUCUUUGAGCUAGCCACUGCGAUUGCGCGAGCGCUCACGAAGACCGCAACAUAAAUAGGUGGGAUUGUGUAGCGGAUUGUCACUUACAAUCACUAGUUGUCGGUUGUUGCCCCAUCAUCCAUUUAAUUCCAGCUGGCUCAUGCAUCAGCAUUGAAAGGUGCUUUGUCUUAUGUGGUAGAGGAAAUAAAAGCCUCAUUUAUAA